CGCUGGCCAUGUCCUGUAGGGGAGAAACGACCCUGUCGUCAUGGAGCAAACCUGGGAUUCUUACAUCAAUUCAUUAAAUCAGAACUCCUUGCCCAGACAAGUGGAAGUGACCGAUGGAAACUAUUUUUCAGGGUCACUAGACAACCUGUCGUUCUCCAAAGGGGAUAUCAUAACGGUGGUUGACCUCAAGCCAGUCCACGUUAGAGCCGAAGUGAAGGAUGGUGAGCGGGUUUUGGGCGUGGUCAACAUUCCUCUUGAAUACAAAGGGAACUUCCAACUGAUUGCAGACCCCGUCUCUUUUGAAACUGUGGCUGACUUAGUCGGCUCCGUCCGCCUUCCCCAGAGUCCCACGACCCACAGAAGUCCUCCCCGCUUCCAGAACUUAGUCCCCAUCUCGGUGGCUGACGGGCCCACGAAGCUCGGGAGUGGAGAAACGCUGUCCUUGAUCGGCUUGGAAGAGAGGCAGGGGAGGAGGCUGCUGCGUUGCGAGGCGCCGCGGAAGGACCCUCCCCUGAGGCUGCUCCUGCCCAUGGACUGCAGGGGCCACUUCCAGGAGUGCCAGGAUGAGCAGCUCUACUCCAUGGACGCCAUCGUCAGGUGGAAGCUGCUCGCAGGGAGGAAACGCAGAGUUCGGGUGGAGGCAGGGCAUCGCCUGAGGCUUCUUAACCCGCUGGUUCCAGAGCACUUUAAUGGUCAUCUAGUUUUGCACCCCUAUUUCUCGGUCGUGGCGCACCUGCCAGGUGCCAUCCAGGUGAGCAUCCCCUCCGAUCUGGAUAUCCAUAUCACUGAGAUUGCCAGCUUGGAUUGUAAGCCCCGCUUGGAUUGUAAGCCCUUUACGCUGACGACAUUGAGACAGAUAUGCAGCAUGGAAACAAACAGAUUCCCGGUGAGGAUUAAAGUAAUGAGUGUGGUCCUGUCGGAGAACAAGGCCCUCGCCAAGCCUCUGAAGUGUGGGCAGCGCUUAACCAUCCUCAGGGCUGAAGACGUGAAAAAGUUCGUUGCCACAGAGAUUUCCCAGGGAAGGAAAGGGAGGCGUUUUCUCAUCCCAUACACCUACCAGGGCCUGGUGCUUAGGAGGGGUCGCUAUUUUUAUGCUGUUUCUGAUGUCGCUGCAGCCAUGCCACAGGGACAGCUCUGCUUCCGGUCCUCCAGGGGCUACACCUCCUGCCUGGAGCCUUUGGCGUCUUUCGCAGCCAAUGAGAGCUUCCUGGCUCUGAAGAAGAGCGUGAUGUCCGCGGAGAUUCACGGCGAGCUACACAGGGUGGAGGUCCUCAAGUGCCUGAACAUCGCCACCAAAGCCCACGUCAAACUGCCCUUGUUCGCAGAAGGAGACUUCAGGGAACUGUUUGAUGAUGCCGGACCGGGGACCCUGCAGGAGCUGUGCCAAGUCACGAAACUGCCGUGCCACAUCAGAGUGGUCAGCCCAGACCUCUCCCUGGCUAGAGACCCUCUCUAUGGAACCGAGGAACUGAGAAUUGAAAAUAUCGUCGUUGAACAAUGCCUCAUAGCCAAAGACGAAGUCUCACCGGAGGACGUGGAUGCUUCCGUAGACAUAUACAGGGACUGGCCGGAAACCACGUUUGAAAUCCCAGUCGAUAAGUCAAGCUGUGAGGUGUUGGUGACGGAAGAGCGCUCGUGGACCGCUGAUGUCGGGAAAGAGAGAUGCACGUCCCUCCAGAGCAUCCAGGAGAUCACUGAGGAGGAGUCGCUGGCCUUCAGUAAUUGCUUGGUUACCCCUCGCCCACCGCCACCCCUUCCAAAGCCCAGAAGUCUGACUUAAAGCAGGAAAGCGUGGCUUUGUUUGCAGGACGCGGCACCCGCACACUCUGGAACUGAGUAUUUGGGGUUCACGGGAGCUGGGGAGUAGCCCCCCAAACGCGGGGGGCCUCAGCGGAGAUCAGGGGCGUAUCCACGGCGUAUUGCCUCCGUCGCUCUCGUGCAUGCGCUCGAGGUUGUGUUAGAAUUCUGCUGCUGUGGCGAGACAACCAAUCCGUGAGGAGACAAGGUUCUUCAUCUGGGCUCACAGUUUCCAAGAGUUCAGUCCACGGUGGCUUGGCCCCGCUGCCCCUGGGCCUGUGGCGUGGCAGCCCACCGCCGUGGGAAUAGUAGCGGAUGGAAGCUGCCCGCCCUGUGACAGGUGGGAAGCAGAAGGGCUCCCAGGUCCCUUUCUACAUGACCCCAGUGCCCUAACCCCCUUCCCCAAGGCUCCUCCUCGUCCCAAUAGCCUUUGUGGGACACCUCGUUCAAGCCACCGCAGCUGUGCUUGGGAAGCAGGGCUCUGACGUUGUGGUAAGGGCUGUGGUAAGGGCCGCAGUAGCGCUCUUUUUCAAAGGAAGAGAAAGUCUACUUAUGCAGCAGGAACCCGUGUUUGUCGUCAAGCGUGAUUCCGCCUACGGUCCCACGCUGCCUCCCCUUGCCCCCACUGUGACAGUGCCUGGCAGGGCUACGCACACCAGCAAAACUCGGUCAGACGGGACAGUUGAGCUCCCGCAGGCUUGUCAGCACCUGCGUCAGCAAUGAGCCUGCCCCCGCCCCUUGCCCCUCUGUAAGGAAGGCACAAUCACCCGCAGUUGCUCAAGGCAGGCACCUGGAAAACUUGACCUUACCCAUCCAAGUAAUCGAUCAGCCACCAUAUCCUACCAACUCCUGCAAUUCCUAUCCGCCUCUCACCUUUCACCUUUGCCCAGCCCCAUCUCUGACCCACGGGUCUCUCUUUUCAUUGUUAUUCUUCUAUCAGGCCCCACCCCUUCCUGUCAGUGCUCCUCCAUCCUCAGCAGAGGGGUGCCUGAAGACCCAAACAGAGAGAGAUAAACACCCCCCCAAAGCCCUUGGAGUCUCCCUGUUGUCUUAGGACAGAGCCCAACUGUCUAGAACUUUCUAGGGAUGCUCCUAGGUUUUCUAGCCUGCAUUUUGCCUCUCACCUCACCCCCAGCCUGCUUCUCCGUCACUCUGAGCGACUCCAGGUGAGGCCAACUCUGGAUUUCUCCGGUGUGGGUUGAACGGAAGGUCUCACUGCUGUGCGCCCCGUCCCCCUCCGCUUUCCUAGACAAGACUUCUGUCCAUCUGUCAACUCACUGCAGACGCUGACGCCCUCCGAGAGAGUCCUCUGGGCUUCAAAGCCAGCUUUUAGUGCUAGCCCUGCUGCUUCCUAAUCGUCGUAGCUCAGCGGAUGAGAGUGCCCUGGACUGCAAUUAGACCACCAGAGACCCGUAUGCCCUCGCCAUGGCGGGUCACCCUCUCCGGAGAUUUGUGUCCCCAUCGCUCCUCUUCGGUGAUGGAGACGAGAAAUGCGCUCCACAGGCUCAAGCAUCUGAACGCUUGGCCUGUAGUUUGUGGCACUGUUUGGAGAGGUUUGGGAGAGGUUUAGGAAGUGCCAGAGGAAAUAUGCCACGGGGGAAGACUUUGAGAGUUCACAGCCUCUGCCGGGCGGUGGUGGUGCAUGCCUUUAAUCCCAGCACUCGGGAGGCAGAGGCAGGCGGAUCUCUAUGAGUUUGAGACCAGCCUGGGCUGGUUCCAGGACCGGCACCAAAGCAAUACAGAGAAACCCUGUCUCAAAAGAGAGACAGAGACAGAGACAGAGACAGAGAGAAAGAGUUCAUAGCCUCAUCCCGCUUCUAGUUGGCUUUCUCUGUUUCAUGCCUGCAGUACAGGAUGCCAUCUCUCAGCCCCCUCGCUCCCACCUGCCAAUCACUGACAGGCUUCCCUGCCAGAAUGGACUCUUAUCCCUGGGGAGCCAUAAACCAAAAUAAACUCUCUCCUCCACGAA